CAGGGGACUGUGUAAAAUACAAAACCCAAUGGCUGAAUUCACAGCAGAUAUGCAAAGCAUUGCACCUUCACUUCCUUUCUUAGAUAUUGCCCCAAACACAAACAUGGAACCAAUAAACCAGUAUACAGAUCAAUUUAACCCAACUGUCUUGGACUUUUAUUCAAGCUUGAAUUUCCAGACUUGUAUGCCUUUCUCCAAUGACAAUUACUUCAGCUCUCAGGGACCUGAGUUCCAGGGAAACUUGGUUCAAAACUUUCCAAAUUUUUUUGAUCACGACAACAAGAGCAACCAGAAUGAUGAGGCUCCUGCUGUUCAGCACCUUGUAGGAGCUGGAGUUGGAAAUGGAUUCCAAGAAAGCAAGAAGAGAAGAGCAAUGGAUGAUGUAUCAGAGGGCAGCUCUGGAAUCUCUACUCCCCCAGUUUCUGAAACUGGAGUUAAGAGGAAAAAUAGCUCAGGAAGAGGAAAGAGACUCAAAAAAAGCAACGAGAAAGAAGAUGAGAAACCAAAGGACGUGGUUCAUGUCAGAGCCAGAAGAGGCCAAGCCACUGAUAGUCACAGUUUAGCAGAAAGGGUUAGAAGAGGAAAGAUCAAUGAAAGACUCAGAUGCUUGCAAAACAUUGUCCCAGGAUGCUCUAAGACAAUGGGAAUGGCGGUAAUGUUGGACGAAAUAAUUAAUUAUGUCCAGUCCUUGCAGAACCAAGUCGAGUUCCUAUCCAUGAAGCUAACUGCAGCAAGCUCUUUCUACGACUUCAACUCGGAGACAGAUGACAUGGAAACAAUGCAGAGUGCAAAGGUUUACGAGGCAGCAGAGUUGGAGAGAAUGAAAAGAGAAGGAUAUGGAGGAUAUGGUAGCUUCCACUCAACUUGGCCCCUCAACACGUGAAGAUGCUCCGUGUCCUAAUAUUUGCAUCGCAUUGCAGCAUGUUAUUCAUUUUUAAAAUCCAAUUUGUCCCCACUUCAUGCUAUUGCUAUGUCUGGCGCAAGUGGUGGAAAACCAAAACUUGUAACACCCUCACUCAUGUGGGCAAAUUUAUCAACAUUAAUAUACAGUCAAAAU